GCCCCGGUCACUGAACCGUGCGCGGUGGGAGGGGAAAAAAUGGCCGCUCGCGGAGCGACGCUCGCAACGAUGAACGACAACAACACAAACACAAUUCCCUCGAAAUGUGACAGCUGACCCGAACCGACACCAGCACACACGUCGGCGGAUGGGUAUCGAGGCCGGCGGCGGGGGAGGACAGGAACGACAGCGUUUGUGUUUAAGUUAUAAUCUGAGGGAAAGAGGUGAGUUAGCUACCCUGCUAACGUUAGCCGCGCGCUAAACUGGAGCGGAACGAACCAGAACAAAAUACUGAAACCAGACCAGAACAGUCGCUUUAUCACUGCUAGAAUGAGCGGACCGGGUCAGGACAGCGAGCCUGAGGCCAAAGUGCUUCAUAUUAAACGUCUGUACAGAGCUGUGGUGGAAACGGUGCAUAAGUUGGAUGUUAUAAUCAGCAGCAAGUCUUCCUAUAGGGAGGUCUUCAAACCUGAGAACAUCAGCUUGAGGAACAAAUUGCGGGAACUUUGUGUCAAGCUGAUGUUUCUGCAUCCGGUGGACUAUGGACGCAAGGCUGAAGAACUGCUGUGGAGAAAGGUCUACUAUGAGGUCAUUCAAGUCAUCAAGACCAACAAGAAGCAUAUUCAUAGUCGCAGUGCUUUGGAGUGCGCCUACAGGACCCAUCUGAUUGCUGGGGUGGGCUUCUUUCAACACCUGCUGCUCUACAUCCAGUCACAUUAUCAGCUGGAGCUACAGGACUGCAUUGACUGGACGCACGUCACUGACCCACUUAUUGGUCGUAAGAAACCGGUCUCAGCCAGCCCUAAGGAGAUGGAGUGGGCCCAGAUGGCUUGUCACAGGUGCCUUGUGUACUUGGGAGAUCUCGCGCGGUACCAGAAUGAACUGGCGGGAGUGGAAACGGAGCAGCUGGCCGAGCGCUUUUAUCACCAGGCCCUGUCUGUCGCUCCUCACGUCGGAAUGCCGUUUAAUCAAUUGGGUACACUGGCUGGAAGUAAAUUUUAUAAUGUUGAAGCUACUUACUACUACUUGCGCUGCAUUCAGUCAGAGACUCCCUUUGAUGGUGCUUAUGGGAAUUUAAAGCGUCUUUUUGACAAGGCAGCCAAGAUGUACCAUCAGGUGAAGAAACAAGAGAUGAAGAAACUGUCACCAUCACGCCAGAGGUCAAAAGACAUCAAGAGACUGCUGGUGAGCUUCAUGUAUUUGCAAAGUCUGUUGCAGCCCAAGAACAGUUUGAUGGAGACUGAGUUGACGUCACUGUGCCAGUCGGUGCUGGAGGACUUUAAUCUGGUGCUGUUCUACCUGCCACAUCCUACUCACGGCAGCCAAUCAACCGGCGAGGAGGAGGAAGAGCACGACUCCAUCUGCUCUGUGUUACCUGACAGCCUCAUAUUCAAGAUGGUGGUGACUUGCCUUAUGGUGGUUCACAGGCUGAAGCGAGGAGCCUCAAAGCAGUACAGUGCCUCCAUCGCCUUCACAUUGGCUCUGUUUUCACAUCUGGUCAAUCAUGUGAACAUUCGACUGCAAGCUGAACUGGAGGAGGGCGAGAGUGACGUCACGGCCCUGCGCACUGAUAACACAGAUGAGCCUGAGGCCAGAGAUUCCAGUGAAGCUCCCUCUGAAGACAGAACCCUGCAAAACGGCUCUCUGGAGGAGGACGAGGAGAAAGAAAAUGAUGAAGAAGAGCCUACAGGGAAUGGAAGGACGGCGGAGGUAAAGAAAGCACUGGAGAAGAAGAGGUCAGCAGAGGAGAAGCAAAAACAAAAGAGGAAGUUCUCGCGUCUAUCCAUGCUCCGCCGCAGACGAUGUGCUCACAAGGAGGACGAGAGCGACCUGAGCGAAGGCUUUGAGAGUGAUGAAGAGGAGGAUGAGGAAGAUGCCGUGCCGGUGGACGGUCUUGGAUCUUCCAGGGUCCAGAUGAACUCUUUAGCGAGAGAAGGGCGGAAAGAACCGCUGGCAGUGGAUGGCCGCUGGGAAAGCGGUUCGGAGGAAGAAGAAGGGGGCACGGCUUUUGACGUCGAGACGGAUUCCGACAUGAACAGUCAGGAAUCUCGUUCGGACCUGGAAGACAUAGAAGAUGCAGAGAAUGCGCCACAACAUCAGCAACCAGAGGAAGAUGAGCAGCCACAACCAUCCAGGGAAGAAAACUCAACCCCGCCAGCAACCAAUGGCCCUCUAGUUACUAACGAUGCCAGCAUCAGCAGUAACCUACAGGCCAUGUCUUCUCAGCUUUUCCAGUCCAAGCGCUGCUUCCGUCUUGCUCCCACCUUCAGCAAUGUGCUGCUCCGCCCCCCGGCUACCACUAACCCCACCUCAGACUCCAACCCUAAACAUUCGAAAGAAACCACACCCCUUCCAGAAAAAACAUCUAGCAACAUGAGUCCAGAGAUUGUUAAUGGGACGAAUGACAAUGAUGCUGACUCUGAUUCUGAAGGCAGCGUGCACAGCAACCAAUCGAUUCCCAGUGAAAAAACCCUUUCUGAGCGCCUGGAGAUUCUGACCAAUCAGGAUCUCAUCCAGAUAGUGAAGGUCUUUUUGGAUUGGCUGAGGACAAACACCGACAUCAUCCUCAUGUGUGCUCAGAGUUCUCAGAGCUUGUGGAACAGACUCUCAGUCCUGCUUAACUUACUACCUGAGGGCACCAAGAUUUUGGAAGCAGAUCUAGGCUUAAAUAAAGAGGUGGCAGAACUCCUAAAUGAGUCUGAGCGGCCCGGUUUGGUCCAGACGUUGCUUUUGCCUGAGGAUCUGGCACUCCGCCAUCUUCCUGCCCUCAGCUCGGCCCAUCGACGCUUGGACUUCACUAGCCAGAGACCUUCUCUUAGCCCUUUGGAGGAGUGUGUGGUGCGCUUGGGCUGCAUUCGCAGCUUUGGCCACUUCCUCACAAAUCUCCAAGGCAACGUGCUGCACUUCAACCCAGAGGCAGGCAUCUUCACCAGCAUCAGCCAAUCAGAGCAGGAGAACCUCAUUCAGCAGGCCAAGGCCCAGUUCCGUAUGGCCGAAGAGGAAGCUCGUAGGAACCGUCUUAUGAGAGACAUGGCCCAGCUGCGCCUGCAGUUGGAGGUCUCUCAGCUGGAAGGAAGUCUGCAGCAGCCAAAAGCCCAGUCCUCCAUGUCUCCGUACCUGGUGCCAGACACUUCUGCUCUGUGCCAGCACCUGGGUCCGCUCAGACAGCUGGCUGCCAGCGGCUGCUUCAUCAUCAUCAUCCCCCGUACAGUAAUCGACGGUCUGGACAUGCUAAAGAAAGAGAAUGCCGGAGCGAGAGAUAGUAUCCGUUUCCUGGAGACGGAGUUUCGGAAGGGAAACAGAUACAUCCGCUGUCAGAAAGAAUCAGGAAGAAGUUUUGAGAGGGAUAAAUUAAAGCGCCAGGAUACAGAAGCCUGGCAUCUUUAUAAAAUGGUGGACAGCUGUCGUCAGCUCACAGGAUCUCAAAAAAGCGGAGAUGAAGACACGGCCGGCAUGGUGACCAUUUUAACGGGACAUUCGCUGGAGGAGAUGACUGAAAGAUCAGCUUCCAUGAAGGCUGCUGUCCAGGCGGUGGGGUCUGCGGGCAUGGAGCUGAAAAACAUCACCGAGUUUUAUCAGCAAUGGAAGGAGAUGGGCUGAGAGACAGCGUGGGACACAGGGGUCGGCUCGGCGUUCGGCCGAUCACAUCACUCACUCCCUAUCUCUCUCUUUCUCUCUCUCCCACUUUACUGCCCUGUCUGCAUCUACAUCUCCAGGAGAAACUACUCGAAGGCGGAGACUUGUAAGGAAGGAGGGUGCAGUAAGUGUGCGGAGAAAAGAGAAGACAGAGACACGGGGCUUUAACGUACAACAGCGUGUCCUCGACCCAACGCGGGAGGGUUGAAAGAAGCUACGGGGUGAAAUAAAUGCCCCUGGGGCGCUAUAACCAGACAUAUAUACCUAUGAAAUGAGUGUAUAUGUUUUAGAGAGAGAAACAAACAUUCAUGUCCAUUCAUGUUCUGCAGAUCCCAUAUAACUAAAUGUAUAGAGCAGUGUUUUCGCAUCGUUUUAUUUUCGUCUUUAUGCUACGGUGCACAGGGGUCGUGCGCUGCCACGUGAAUGUCUUGUGUUUCACUGGCAGGUCAACUUUAAGGUCGCGACAAGAAAUUAGCCCUGAUCGAAGCCACAGUUCUGUUUUUUAGCAUUUACUCUUGUUGCUCAAGAAGGAUUCAGGGUAUUGGGUGUACACUUCUUUUCGAUCGUUUUUGCUUUCUUACGUUGCUUUCCCCUUCUUCUUUUUUUUUUUUCUUUUUUUUGCCGUGUACCCUUUGUGAUUUAAUGUAUUGUGUUGUAUGUGUAUGAACUGAAUGAAAUUAGUAAGGCAAAUGGUUGCUUUUAUUUGAUUUUAUUUUUGUAUGUCGUAUCUUUGCUGUGCUGUACACAGGAAUGAGGGUCAGGCGUAGAGAUGUCACGCACGUUAAAGCAUUCUAACAUUACGACUUUCGCAUCGCACACCGCUGCGCUGGCGGGUGUGGAGGUGUUUGAUCUAGACCCUGUCAUUUGCCAUCACGUUCUCGUAGUAAUUGUUUCAUAUUGCACAACGCAAAAGAAUACAAUGUAUGUGUGAGUGCAUUAAAAAUUAAAAGAGAUUUCAUCUACAAUGUCUCUUUAUUGAAUGAUGGGGGCUGUAAAGGGAUUUAAAGAGAAAAUGACAAAACUUUAGAGAAUGAUUUUUCAAUCUAUAAGGCUAAAAUUGUAUUUUAAACA